AUCGCGAAGGCCUGGGUGACGUGACGAGAGCGAGACGAUCGUAGUCCGUAUAAAAUAAAUGUUGUAGAGAUGCGAGAUGUUUCUACUCGUCUGGCCAUUUUUUAUUUGCCAGUUCCACAUCCUCAUAGCCGAAGUAUUUCCGGUUACAUCUAGUAUCUUCACGUAUUGCUAUACAGUACUAAAGUAUUGUUGUUCCCUCGAUGGAGACCUUAUUGUUGCAGAGUGGAUCAUGACUCGGCGAACGCGAAUUUGUGAGUAGUUGUUUCGAAUCAGUUGAUUGUGAAUUUUUUCUACUUGUAUUCACCUGCGGCUCGUCCAAAUACCGAUCGCCACCUUUGCCUGAACCCAUUCAGUAGUAAAAAUGUUACGCAGUGUUUUUUUUUGAUAAGCACAGUGUUUACUUAGUAGUAAACUCGAGGUUCGGGAGCGCCUCGUGGUCUUUUCUGGCUGCAGCUCUGUAGCCACAGCAUAAAAAUGUUGGGCUCGGGGUACGGCGUGAAGACGCUGACCGACAACUGGUACGAGGACAGGUAUAGAAAGCACGACUCACAGCUUUUUCACUGCUUUGCAAGAACUGCUUUAGAGAGUUCAAAAGUGCGGGAACGGGCGCAUGAGAUUUCCUUUUUGACCGACGAAAAAUAAACGGUCCUCGAUUUUUGGCACGAAAAAAUUAUAAGGUGAACAUAUGAUAUUGAAAGUUCAAUCAAACGGAGAAGUCCUCCUCCCAAUUCUUGUUUCAUAGGUUAGCUCCACCAGAGGCAGACGUGCAGAAGUUCAUCCGACCAGACGACGACGUGAAAGCAGGCAGACAAAUCCGAUACAAGAAGCCUGCUAGUAUCGCCUGCAAACAGCUAUGUUCCUUGACAUGAAGUUGCGUAAGAAGUACCGUUCAGAUGCUUGAAUUUAAUGAGAAAAACCUUCGUACGACUCGGCAUGAUCCGCAUCAUGCAGCAGGUCUAGAAUGUGAAUGCAUGUCAACGUAUUAUGAAGGAUCGUCCUCGAUCGCAAUUAUAGUAAGUUACAAAUCAAAGAACUCAAGGCAUUUCCUUCCGGCAGUACUACUAGUGAGCUGCAUCUGCAUAAGCUUGCACUCCUUGUGACACAGAAACAUUUUUGCAAUGCAGAGCUAGCUUUGGCACACCAAACGAUGGCUUCGGUAGGGUGGUUUGCUCAAGAACACACGAGGACUAUCCCGACCCCCGCACUGUGCCAGAGGUACGGUUCUUCUUCUGCUACUUCAUGCGAGCAUCACACGAUGCGGAGAGUGAGAUAAGAUAAUAAAUACAACCUUUUUAUAUAUGCUUUCACAAGGAUGACCCCCUGAAAAACAAUGUCACCACGAGCCAAAGAGAGCCUUAAAAUCAAAACUGGACAGUUCACAUUCACGGGAUUGGACCACCCGCAAUUUAUUACCAGCGAAACAAUAGCCGAGGUUUGCUAUGAAGAUCGAAGGCCGCUGCACCAGACUGGAAAGGGAUGCUUCGGUACAGAACCAGCACAUAGCUAGCGACACUCGGCAGUUAUUACCCGCUACCACAUGUCGUCGAGUACUUCUUGUGCCAGUAAAGUGCUGACUUUUCCUGCCGGCGAAGGUGAACCAUCGCUCCCUAAAAAAAUAAAUUGUAUUAUUAAGUACUACCACCGGGGGUACGGUUUUACUUUUACAUUUACAAAAAAGCAAAAUUCACUACAAAGAAAAGAUUCCAAACUUCACCUGUUCCCAUAUCAACAGCUACCAUCGACAAGCAUCCAAAGGGCAUCUACGACCGGGCGUGGGGCACCGCAGAGAGGGACGCGCGGGAAAGCGCCGUGCUGCACGCGGGUCUGACCAAGGAGAUGAUGGUCGCGAGAACAGCAAGGCUCAAGGAAACCACGCCGGCUGUAUGGAGGGAAAGUGUGUGAUCUCCCUGAUUGCUGCUAGUAGUCCUAAGGAAAAAGAGCCGGGCUUGUUGUCAUGCGGAUUUGCCUAUAGAAGUCUAUUUCAGGAUCUGGUGCAACGGCAAAACGUACUGCCAAAAAUUGUUCCGCACCGCAUGCAGUUGAGUGCUUUCUGGUGUGCUUUUGGUUUGCACGACAAGCGUAGCAAUUCUGCAUGGGGAGCUCCGAUGUUUCGUUCUAGUGCUAGCAGCACUCCCGAAAGUCUGUCACUCGCUUUUCCCUCCAUAGGCCGGCGUGUCCAGCAUCAAACCAGGAAGAGCAACCUCGACUAAUCUCGUGGGGGAAAAUCCGGAACUAACCGACAUCCCGACGCAGCGGUCGUGGAUGAACCAGGAGGAUCCCGGUCUGCGCGAAUACUCAAAGUACUUUAUUUUCCGAUGUAGAUGUAGAACUCCUUCUAUAUUCAAAUUCUAAAGCAGUUCUACAAGCAGCCAUGCCUGCUUCGACAAGCACAAGGAAGAAAGAGAUGGGAAACAUUUACAUUAUUUCUUGAUGACAGGAGUCGCGCUUGAUAUAUGCUUUUUCUUUUGGCUACCUCUACCAUUUCCGCGGCAACAUGCUCCUUCGCUGAAUGACUUCAUUUCAGGACUGGUGGCAAGGGCCCGGAACUGCCAGCAAAGGACAACGAGCUAUCUCUGCCGCUCGGCGACGGCGCGCAGGCGAAAAUCAUGGCAGAGCUAAAAGCAAGGGGAGGAAAGCUGUACCAACGAUUUCCUUUAUAAUUAGUGUUUCUCCCUUUUGAAUGCUUUUUGUUCUUUCGAUUGCGUGAAACGCAUUUUCAAGUAACGGGAUGAUCAGAUAUGAAAAAAAGAUGCUCUUUCGAUUUUGUUCAAAGCCACGCUCCCGAUAACAAAACGACAGGUAUCGUUCCUCGACAUGCAUUACGACCGGGGGGGCGUCGAAAAACCGAAUUUCGAUCUGGGAUGAUUAUGUCGAUCCCCAGCAAGUGUAA